UAUGAAAACUGAUAUACAAUCAUCGGACGAAGGAUUCUGCGAUAGUCCAUCGUUUCCAGUAAAAUGUCGUUCGCCAGCGUUGUUACCGGAUAAGUUAAGAUUAAGACCGAAGAAAUUCACUAAAGAAACGCUUAUACCUAAGAGAGGACCUAUGAAAGCUUGGCAGGAAGACGCUUUUGAACUACUUGAAAAAGCUGGUGGACAUCAAACAGAUAAUCUAUCGGCUUUAGCUAAGGAAUCUUUAUUUAUACGUUUUGACCCUCUUUUACAAGACGUUGCAAGUCCCCUCUUGAAAGAACGUGCCCGAAAAGCAGCCGAAGCUUUAAGAGAAGAAGCAGCUAAACAGGACAAAGGAAGGGAGGUUGAAGAUAUCGAACAAGAUUUAAUGUCGAUGUCCAGUCCUGCUGGAGUUGGAGACGCUACUUUCGUCAGAACUAAAAAAGCUCCAGUAUCGAAAAAUCUCUUAUCACAAUUUGGAGAUUCGAAUACACAGUCCCAGCAAACUGGUUCUUUGUGUACAUCAUGGUUAUCAAGUGUUAGUCAGUACAACGAACAGGAUAUGCUCUCGUCCAGGGAUUCAUUAGAGGACACCAAUGUUACCGAAAAUACUAUUACGCAAUCGAAAAGUGAUGACAGCGGUGCUAUCGUUGCUACUCCAAAUGGUUUAAGUCAAGUUGACAUUGAUAGAGUACGGCAGGAAGUUAUGCUUGAAAUGAAAGGCGAAAUGUUAGCUCAGACGAAAGACUAUGAAAGCAAAUUAGAGGAAUAUAGAAAAAAAGAGCAAGAAUGGGACCAAGUUACAGAGUAUCAAUACAAUGUUUUAACAAACUUGACAAAUGCCUUAGAAGCUAAGGAUGCUGAGGUUUUACAAGCUGCAGAAGAUGUUCAACGGUUUGAACGUGCACUCAGUGAAACAACAUCGUUAUAUUCCGAGUUAAAAUUGAAGUAUCAGGAUGUUAGUAUGAAAAAUAUAUCGUUAACAGAACAACUACGAGAAUUGCAAAUUCUAUUGCAAGAGAGAAUGAAUAAAUACGAUAAAUUAACUGAAGAAGCUGAUGAUAAAGUUAACCAAGUCCAACAAGACUUUGAAGCAUUAGAAAGUGAUAAAAACAAGGAGAUCGAACUCCUAAUGAAGAAAAUUCGAAUGAUGGAAAUGAAAGAAUCUAGUUUGCAAAAUGAACUAGCUCAAAAGAAAAAGGAUUUAGACGAGCUAGCUAGAAUUUGUGAUGAACUGAUUUCAAAAGGAAGAACGUCCUAA